AUGCUGCGAUGGCCUGGGCUGCUGCUGUGGAGCGUGGGGUCGGGUGCCGGUAGGGCUGCCGAGGCGGUGUGCGAGCCGAUGCCGCCGUCGCUCACGCCCAGGGAAGCGUGUGCCUUUAUCCAGGAUACAUGCCGCCCUUCGUCAGCAUACGUACAUUUGGCCCUGUAUUACUGCUCUGAUGCGUGGAGUACGUCGGUGCUGGCAUCGACCGCUGUGCAUAUGGGCGUGACGCUGCUACUCACUGUAUGGCUGCUGGCUCUGUUCAGUGUGCUGGGACUCGUCGCGAGCGACUUUUUCUGCCCCAACUUGUCGUCCAUGGCCACACGAUGGGGGCUGAGUGAUAAUGUCGUGGGUGUCACCCUCCUGGCGCUCGGGAAUGCGUCGCCGGAUGUCGUAUCGACGUUUCGUGCGAUGCGAAAAGAUGCUGGAUCGAUGGCGUUGGGUGAAAUUAUGGGCGCCGCCGUAUUCACCGUCGCGAUCGUGUGUGGCUCCAUCAUGGUGCUGCAUUCUUUCCGCCUCGAUCCGUUCGUGUUUGUGCGCGAUGUCGGCACGUACAUGCUGGCUGUGGCUCUCUCGCUGUACUUUCUGCAUGACGGCUCUCUCAGCGUGUCAGAGGGCAUGUGCAUGCUGGGGCUCUACCUUGUAUAUAUCGGGACCGUAAUUUGGUGUGAUACCCCGCCCCAGCGCACGCCUGAGCAUGAUCCGCUGUUGCCGGACGCCACGCAUGCGCAUCACUCUGUGCUCUCGGCAAUACGCGUGCGUGACAUGACAGCGCAUUCGGAUCCUGACCUGGCAUCGAGCGUCCUUCGUUCGCCGCGGAACGAGCCUGCGCGCGCGGAGCCUCGAGCUGAUGCCGCUAGGCCCGCUUCCCUCGCGCCCGUUGCAUGGUGGCGCAUUGCGUUCGUGGCGCUGUGCCCUUCGCUCGUGCACUGGUCGGACAAGUCGUGGGGCCAUCGUCUGGCGAGUGUGGCGUAUGCCCCGGCGCUGCUGGUGCUGCGGCUGACGGUGCCGCUGGUCAGUGCGGACGAAUAUCAGCUGCAUGCGACCCUGCAGGCCAUGCAAGGGGCCGCUGAUGAGGGCACGACACAAGCGCUGCGUGCCGCUGUGUGGGACGAGGCGGUGGCGGUGCUGGACACGCCCGGGCCCCUGGUGCCUACGGGCGAGCGCGUGGCGGCCGAUCACUUUUUGCUCAGCGUACAAUGCACCGGCGUGCCAGUGCUGGUGUUGUGGAUGUAUGACGCGCCGCUCUACUGGGCGAUCCCGGGCACGAUCGCCGGCGUGUGUUUGUGGCGGUACCUGCGUGCGUCGCCGAGCCGCGAUGCGCCUGAGCAGCUGCAGCGGUAUGCUGUGCUGCGCCAUGCGCUCGGCUUCUUCACGGGGCUGCUGUGGAUUGUCGCCAGUGUGGAUGGCGUCCUGGCGGUGCUGCGUGCCUACGGCUAUAUUUUCCACUGGAGCGAAGCCGUGCUGGGGCUGACCGUCUUUGCCUGGGGCAAUUCGCUGGGCGACGUCGUGACGAACUUGUCGAUGGCCCGAGUAGGGCGUCCGCACAUGGCGCUGACGGCGUGCUUCGCGAGUCCGCUGACGAAUCUGCUGUUCGGCGUGGGCUUCGCCACCACGUGGCUCACCCUCCUGCAUCCGACGCACGAAGCGUACCGCAUCGCAUGGAGCCCCGUGCUUGCUCUGAGCUGCGUCGUGAUGCUGUGCAUGCUGCUGGUCAUGCUCGGCACCGUGUCUCUGCACGGGUUCCGGACGAGUCGGCCGUUGGGCUAUGCGCUCCUUCUGACCUAUGUGGGUGUCAUGAUGGGCAGCCUCCUGCUGGAGGUUACGCAUACUUGA